UGUUUCCGAUGUCUAAAAGACUAUUGCUUAUUUGUAGGAUCCGACACAAGGAACUCCGACUUAUUUUUCUGCACGAUAAACUAGUGACGUUACUUCAUUUCUAGCAACCGCGACCUCAAUGGGUCAUUCCCGGGUCAUUGACCUCGCGGCCACGUUCUUGAGUCAACAGUGUUGUCCGCGCGGUCAGUGCCCUAUCAAAUUGCGUAGUACACUCCGGGCCCCUCUACAGCCACACACACACACCAAGGAGCUCCUUGCACACACCAGCUUGACCAAGAUGGCUGGCACGCGUACGGUGAAUCCAGACUUGCGGAAGGAGAGAGAAAGCUCCAGUUUUGACCCAGACAAGAUCACUAACUUCCUGUAUGGUGGUCCGGAAAUAGUCAAGAGAAAGAGGGAACUAGAGUCCCUUGCCCUGAAUGACCCCGACUACCAACAUGAAGACUUGAACUUCUUGUCGAAUGAACAGCAGUAUGAGACCCAGUUGAAGAAGGGUAUCCUGAUGACCAAAAAAAUUCAGAAACUGAACCUCACUGAUGCACAGGAUAUGAUGAUCUACCGCAGCGCUGUCGGGGGGUCGGAUUCACCGUCCUUUGGCCUACAUGUGAGCAUGUUCCUGCCCACUCUGUAUGGACAGGCCACACAAGAGCAGAAGGACAAGUGGCUGAAGUUGGCAGAGAACUACGUCAUCAUUGGGACCUAUGCACAGACAGAGAUGGGACAUGGAACUUUCCUCAGAGGCCUGGAAACAACGGCGACCUAUGACCCCCAGACCCAGGAGUUUGUCAUCAACACUCCGACUAUCACAGCCUACAAGUGGUGGCCUGGACAACUGGGAAAGACGUCCAACUACUGUGUCCUGAUGGCUCAGCUGUAUAUCCACGGCAAGUCUUACGGCCCCCAUCCCUUCAUGGUGCAAAUUCGCAGUCUCCAGGACCACAAGCCUCUGCCUGGAGUAAUUGUUGGUGACAUCGGGCCAAAGUUUGGAUAUGGCCCCGUUGACAACGGCUUCCUGGCUUUCCACAAUGUCAGGAUCCCGCGAGAGAACAUGCUCAUGAAGUACUCAAAGGUUGAACCCGAUGGUACCUACGUGAAGCCACCAAGUACCAAGCUGGCUUAUGGUACUAUGGUGCUGAUUAGAGCAAACAUAGUCAUGAACUCCGGCAGGGCACUGGCAAAGGCUGUUACCAUAGCAACUCGCUACAGCUGUGUUCGCCGUCAGUCUGAGAUGAAGCCGGGCCAACCUGAGCCCCAGGUGUUGGACUAUGUGACCCAGCAGUACAAGUUGUUCCCCUACCUGGCUGCUGCCUACGCCUUCUGGCUCACAGGACAAACCAUGAUGUCUGUUUACAUGACAUUUUCCAGCCAGAUUUCGAAGGGAGACAUCAGUGUCCUACCUGAGCUACAUGCCCUUUCCGCCGGUCUGAAGGCUCUGACAUCGUGGGUGGCAAACAUGGGAAUGGAGGAGUGUCGUCUGGCGUGUGGAGGACACGGGUACUCUCACGCCAGCGGGCUGCCCCGUCACUACGCCAACCAGACUCCUGGGGCAACUUACGAGGGAGAGAACACCGUCAUGAUGCUUCAAACAGCUAGGUACCUGAUGAAGAGUUAUAACCAGUCCCUGCAGGGUGAGAAGCUGGCUGGUUCGGUGGCGUACCUGUCCAGUGUACAGCCGGUUCCUGCAGCCAGUAGAACCAGGAACAUGCUGGAUCUGGGGGCUCUGUGUGAUGCCUUCAGACACAGGGCAGCUAGGCUGGUCCAUGAGGCCGCCAUGCAGCUGAGAAAUGAAAGGCAGGCUGGGAAGGACCAACCGGACGCCUGGAAUGCCACAUCUGUGGAUCUUGUCAAGGCAGCAAUGGCCCACAGCCAGUACUUUGUGGUGAAGAACUUUGCUGAGAGGCUGACAGACUCCAGACUGGACAGCUCCAUCUCUGCUGUCCUGACCAGGCUGUGUCAGCUGCACGCUCUACAUGGACUGGUCACAAACAGCGGAGACUUUCUGGAGGACGGCUACUUGACCGGCACAGAUGUCCGCCAAGCCAGACGUCACAUUAACACCCUCAUGGCCAAGCUCCGUCCUGACGCCGUGGCUCUUGUCGACGCCUUCGACUUCCCAGACGGGAUCCUGAACUCCAUACUGGGGCGCUACGAUGGGAACGUCUACCAACAUCUGUUGGAGUGGGCCAAGGCUUCUCCUCUCAACAAAACUGAUGUGCACCAGUCCUACCACAAGUACCUGAAGCCAUUCCUUGAAGCCAACAGGGCCAAGCUGUGAAGACAUCUGAAGACUUGGAAAGGACCCAAGACAAAGAUGGUCACAUAAAGCAAGAAGCAUCUGAUAAAAGCUUCUUACAUAGAGCUACUGCUGCUUCCAGAAUCAUUUUGAAGACCCUCAAAAAGAUACAGUUUCUACUCAUCUAGUUUUAGUUAAUUGAAUACUAACAUCACAUAGUACAUGUAACGCUUGUUUACCGUUAUCCAUCGGGUAACCUAUAUCCGUUGUUUACUGAAACAUAGCACUGUUGCAGGGAUAUCAAAGUCUUUCACACUGCAAUAGAAUUUAAGACAUUGCAUUUUGAAACCUGCGUCUGUCGACUUGAUAUACCCUGUUUGUAAGAACAAAACGGAUCUAAGUUACCCACGGGUAGCGUUAGUUGUGCCUUCAAGUAUUCAGAGAUAUCAAGCCAGGAUGUAUUAAAAAAUUCGUUUUUCGCUAGAAUUACAUCUUACAGUGGAAUUUGUCACCACCAAGUAUCGGAAGAAGUCAGUUAAGUGCUUGAACCUCAGACUGAGGACAAAGUAUGACACUUUUUCAGCUAGUAAGUGCAAUGUGGCUUUGCUACAGCUCGUGUGUUUGGCCAAGCACACCAGGUAAUCCAUUCUAAUCUUUCAACAAUUAAAUAUGCAAAGGUGUGACAGGUUGUUCAGAAAAACUGGUGUGUAAUACUUACAUAAAGACAGAAGGACAGUUAUACAGGCUGUACAGCUAUAGAUCAUAUCAUGUCCACAUCCAUUUGACUACUUGAAAAUCCGUGCCAGUUACAGUCCAGUAAUUAAAAAAAAGACCCAAGGAGCUUGUAAAAGUUAUAAACCUCCGUGAAAGAACAUAUUGGAUCAGUAAUUUGAUGACAUCAUUACAGCAUAUUACCAGUAAUUAAGUGACAAUGUUGCCACUGUAGAAUAUCUUCAAAAUAUAUAGAAUGUAAAAAUCUGUACAAAUAGUCAUUAAGACUUUAAAUGAUUUUUAAACAAGUAUUUUUAA